AAAAGUGUGUGGAAUUUAAAAUAAGGAGGGAGUAUACUCUUUGGUAAUAGCUACUCCGUCAAUCUGCGCACCGACUUCUGCAAUCUGAAUCGAAGGAAGAUAGAAGUGUAAUCUUGCUAUUCAAGGCUAUGAAAGAAAGAUUUUGUUGUUGAGAAGAGUCUCUGUUUGAUACCCUGAAUGAGUCCCUGGAAUAAGUCGGAACCUAGAAAUCUAGAAUCAUUAAGUUCUGUACCCGAGGUUAUUUUGUAUUUCUUAAGGUGGGCCGGUACAAAGCACUCUCCUUCAAGAUCAAGUAUCCAGUGUCCUUAACUCUUGAAAUUGACCUUGUUCUCUUAAACUGAAGUUGUUUUACAGGUUCAAGAAACAAACAAAUUAGACAUCCCUGCAAUCCAAAGUUUAAUAGGGCCCUUGAUACGUCAGGGCCGGGCCUGCUCGAAACCUUCUUCUUCUCCAAGGCAUCUACCAUGGCUACUCUACGAAUGAUAGAUAUUGCAGUCAACUUUACAGAUAGCAUGUUCAAAGGAGUAUACAAUGGGAAACAGUAUCAUGCUGCUGAUAUUCAAGCUGUUCUGAAGCGAGCCUGGGCUGCUGGGGUUGAAAGAAUCAUAGUUACUGGCGGCUCACUUGAGGAAUCGAAGGAAGCUCUUGCAAUUGCAGAAUCAGAUGCUAGACUGUUCUGUACAGUAGGAGUGCACCCGACAAGAUGCAACGAAUUUGAUGAGAGUGGGGACCCAGAAGGGCAUUUUCAAGCACUCUUAUCACUUGCUAAGGAAGGCGUUCAUAAAGGAAAGGUGGUUGCCAUUGGAGAGUGUGGAUUGGACUAUGAUAGGCUUCAUUUUUGUCCUUCUGAUAUUCAGAAGAAAUACUUUGAGAAGCAUUUUGAAUUAGCAUCUAUGAUGAAGCUGCCUAUGUUUCUUCACAUGCGAGCAGCUGCCCAUGAUUUUUGUGACAUAUUUGAUCGGAAUUAUGAUCGGUUUUGUGCCGGUGUUGUUCACUCGUUUACAGAUAGUGCAGAAGAUCGAGACAAACUUCUCUCAUUCAAUAAUCUGUUUAUAGGUGUCAAUGGUUGUUCUUUGAAGACUGAAGAGAACAUCGAGGUUGUUAAGGGCAUUCCCAUCAAUAGGAUGAUGAUUGAGACUGAUUCUCCUUACUGUGAAAUCAAGAACACACAUGCUGGGUCUCGUUUUGUGAAAUCUUUGUGGUCGUCUAAGAAGAAAGACAAGUAUGAUGAAGAAUGUCUCGUUAAAGGUCGCAAUGAACCAUGUUUGGUUAGGCAAGUAAUCGAGGUCAUUGCUGCCACCAAAGGCAUAGCUGACAUUGAGGAUUUGAGCAAAACAUUGUAUCACAACACUUGCAGGGUUUUCUUUCCUCAUGAUUUGGAUUCGGUGGCUGAUGCGCUUCUGGCCAGCGGUCACAAAUCAGUGUGAUGAACCACUUGUUUGAGAGUUCUCUGCUAAUUUGUAGUUUUCUACUUCAUUCCUAUCAUCAUUUAUGGUACAUUCUGAAUGUACAUAUUUAUUUACUGUCAUGUGUUACUGAUUUUAAUGCUUUAUUUUUUUGAUGACCCGAAGUGUGUUUUUUUUAAUGUAUUUAGAAUUUUGGAGGAAGCUUUAAAGCGUAAGUCCACCAAGAAAUGUCUUCCACAAAAUUGGUGUCUUAGUAUUAUAUCAGAUUUCUAUUCCAGUUGCAAUCCAGCUCUUCUUCCUGGUUUUUAUGAUCGUGAAUCCAACAAUGGUGAGCUGAGCCAUUGCGCAUUAAUAGUGUUGCAUUAGACAUUAAAUGUUGUCACAGCACUAGACAGUGAUGAAGCUCAAUAUAAAUUAUCAUGUAGUGAAGACAUUGUCCAUAUUCUUGAUUGGUUCUGUGAUAACCUUACCCAGAGAGUCAGAGGCAAAAAAUGCACGACGAUAGAGUUUAUUAAUUCUUUUCCAUCGACAUAAUUGAUGUCGUUGGCAUUGACAGUUAGUCUGUUAGUGGUGCUGAUGGAUAUUUGCUGACGCCAAUGGGCAGUGAACUCAUGGACAUU